UUCGCGGUAUCCACACUACUUAUAAGUAGCCAGUAUGCGGAGUACGGAGUCGAUGAACUGCCGCAACGUCUCACUCACUGUAUCGAUGACCUCUCGUAUUAUAAGAAAGAUACUGAUCAGCCAAUUUGGAUAGUAAAUCACGUUAAUUCAGAGGCAAGGGAAGUGCUCGAAGAAACGAUUCUUUGUGAACAGCGACUGAAAACGGCCAAUAACGAGCUUCUGAUGCUGCACAAUGAACUCACCAGAUUUUAUCGAGCCUCAAUAAGCGAACUUUACGAGUGUGCCGAGAGUGAGCUGGAAGUAAUACGAAUGCGCUGUUUAGGAAUGGAGAAUAAGCUUAGUGAUAUCGAAAACAUGACGCUUUCCGUUGAGCAGGUGAAUAUUCGCAACUGA